CGUUCUUCCAUUUUCACAUUUUGGAAGCUGUUGGAGUGCUUAACCCCCAUCUCCCACCCAAUCUACAGUCUACACUUCGCCGCCUAUUGUAGCUUGCUUCGCCUGUUGCGCACGGCGUCUCCGGCGAAUAAACAGCCGUUCACUUCUGCAACUUUCCUCCCAAAGAUAUGAAGGUGUACGAGAUAUCUGGACCAACUCUGGCUGUUGCUCUCUUCACUGAAGUCUCUAAUUCCAAGGAACUUUUGGAGCUGAUGCAAGCUGGAACACUGGAGCCUGAAGUAGCCCUUCUCAAUGCAUCUCUUAUCCCAGAUAUCUUCCCUGUUCUAGCAGCUGCUCAUAAAACACUCGUAUCUAAAUCAAGGGAUUCACUGACAACUCGUACUCUCCACUCCGAGCUUGUUUAUAACUACUCGGGCUCUAAACAUAUAUCUGAAUCGUUAAAAAGGUGUGGUAUAUCUGAUGUCACCGCAUACGUGCUUGCUGCUCGUUUUGGUGCUUCUGACGAAGAGAUGAUUGCUAUGAAGGCGCUUAUCAAAGGCAAUGAAAUUGAUUUAGAUGAGUUGGAAGGAAGAGCAAACAAACCUCAAAUACUAAAGCACUACAAAAUAACUGGGGUAGAACUCGGUGUAUCAACCCUUGGAGAUGCUAUAACGUGUCGAAUUGCAGCCCGUGAUGCUUUGUGAAGCUAUCCCAUCUGGUUCGUUCUAAAAAACAACGACUUAGCGCAACGAUUAAGUCGUAGCGUAUUCUGGUAAGAUGACCACAGUUUUGUAUUUGAAAAAUAUUUGGUAUUUGUCUGUGGAGUGAUCGAUAAUACUUGAUUACUUCUUGAUUUUUCAUAUCGAACCCUUGAUGAGCUUGAAACAUUAAGUGCAUAAUCGCUUCUAGCAUGACCCACGAAAUCUCUGGUGGCGUACUCAUGAA